AUGAAGCCUUUUACUGCAUAUCCUUCUGGGUUUAUCAUAUUCCUGUUUGCCUUGCUGCAGAGGAGCCAUGGGCAAUGCAAAGAAGCAGCUAAAAAAUCAGAGAUGAAUUUGAGUGUAAAAUAUGAUCUUCCUAACUUCAUCGCAGAAACACCGAUUCAGAAUGUAGUUUUAUACAAGCAUCACGUUUAUAUUGGAGCAGUCAAUAAGAUUUAUGUGCUAAAUGAAACUCUGCAGAACAUUUCUGUGUACAAGACUGGGCCCAUUCUGGAGAACCCUGACUGUGCGCCAUGCGAAGACUGCAAAGAUAAAGCCAAUUUAUCUAACAGUGUAUGGAAGGAUAAUGUCAACAUGGCACUGCUCUUAGAAACUUACUAUGAUGAUCAGCUCAUCAGCUGUGGUAGUGUGUCCGGAGGCAUCUGCCACCGUCACAUCCUUCACCCUGACAACCCUGCUGAUAUUGAAAGCGAGGUGCACUGCAUGUAUUCACCCCGGGUGGACGGAGAAGCAGAUAAUUGUCCUGACUGUGUUGUAAGUACUUUAGGAACCAAAGUUUUGGUGACCGAAAAAGACAGGUUUGUCAACUUCUUUGUUGGAAAUACUGUGACAUCUACAUUUCAACCUCCCCAUGUGCUGCAUUCAAUAUCGGUUAGAAGGUUAAAAGAAACCCAGGAUGGUUUUGAAUUUCUCACAGAUCAGUCUUAUAUAGAUAUCCUGCCUCAGUUCCGUGACUCAUAUCCCAUUAGGUAUGUCCAUGCCUUCGAAAAUGAUCACUUUGUCUAUUUUCUGACUGUGCAGAGAGAAUCUCUCGACUCUCAAGCUUUUCAUACUCGAAUUAUCCGUUUCUGCACUUUAGACUCAGAGAUGCGUUCUUACAUGGAAAUGCCUCUUGAAUGUAUUUUUACUGAAAAGCGGAGAAAGAGGUCCAUCCGAAAGGAGGUAUUCAACAUUUUGCAAGCUGCCUACGUAAGCAAGCCAGGUGCAGCUCUAGCCCACGAAAUGGGCCUUGGGUUGAACGAUGAUAUUCUCUACGGUGUUUUUGCACAAAGCAAACCAGACUCUUCUGAACCAACCAACAGAUCUGCUGUCUGUGCCGUCUCCGUGCGAACCAUCAAUGAGUUCUUCAAUAAGAUUGUUGACAAGCAGAACAUGAAAUGUCUCCAGCACUUUUAUGGCAAAGAGAGCAAAUACUGCUUGAACAGGGCUUUUUCAAGAAAUGCUUCAUACUGCACAGCACAAGAUGAUGAAUAUCGCUUAGAAGUUACGACUCCUUUGCAGAGGGUUGACUUGUUCAUGGGCCAGUUCAACAGUGUCCUGUUAACUUCAAUAUCGGUCUUCACCAAAGGGAACCUUACUGUUGCUAAUCUGGGAACUUCGGAGGGCCGCUUCAUGCAGAUAGUGGUUUCCCGUUCAGAACCCACAGCUCCACAUGUCAGCUUUCAGCUAGACUCCCACCCCAUCUCUCCUCAAGUUGUUGUCGAGAAUUCAUUAGCAGAUGAUGGCUAUACCCUGGUAGUGACUGGGAAAAAGAUAACGAAGAUCCCGCUGAAGGGGCCGGGCUGCCAUCACUUCAGGUCCUGCAGCCAGUGCCUGCUGGCACCUCCCUUCAUGGAGUGUGGCUGGUGCAGCCACCAGUGCCUCAGGUCUCCCGAGUGCCCCGGCGGCACCUGGACCCAGGAGACCUGCUUGCCCAGGGUUUAUGAGAUUCUCCCAAGCAGCGCUCCCUUAGAAGGCGGGACAAAACUGACACUGUGUGGAUGGGACUUUGGAUUCAGCAAAAAUAACAGAUUUGAAUUAAAAAAUACAGUAGUCCAUAUUGGAGGACAAAUUUGUGCCCUGGAAGCAAAAUCCAGCCACAAAAACAGGCUGGAAUGCACAGUUCCUGCUGCAAAAAAUCCAAGUUUUAAUAUAUCCAGUAGCGUUUCUGUUGGACAUGGCAAAACACUAUUCAGUACAUUUUCAUAUGUGAAUCCUGUAAUAACAAGCAUCUCUCCCACCUAUGGUCCCAAAUCUGGAGGAACAUUGCUAACUAUAGCUGGAAAAUACCUAAACAGUGGAAAAUCCAGAAAGAUUUUUGUUGGUGAGAAACCAUGCACCUUGAAAAGCGUAUCAGCGAGCACUGUGGAGUGCUACACUCCAGCACAACGAAUUCCCCAGGAACAUCGUGUGAGGGUGGGAAUCGAUGAAGCUAUUCGAGAUGCAAACAGUCAUUUCACAUACAGAGAAGAUCCCGUUGUUUUAAAAAUUCAUCCAGCCAAAUCUUUUCUUAGUGGUGGAAGUACAAUCACAGCUCAGGGAAUCAACUUGAACUCAGUGUGCUUUCCUCAGAUGGUGAUUACUGUACCUAAACUGGGAAUGAACUUCUCUGUGGCAUGUAGCCACCGCUCUAGCUCAGAGAUAAUCUGCUGUACAACUCCUUCACUGAAAGCCUUCAAUCUUCAACCACCCUUUGUAACCAAAGUGUUCUUUAUUUUUGAUGGUGUCAGCUCUUUGUAUUUUGAUUUUGAUUAUGUAAAUAAUCCUAUAUUUAAGCAUUUUGAAAAGCCAGUGUUCAUCUCAAGGGGCAACCAAAACGUUUUGGAAAUUAAGGGAAAUUAUAUUGAUUCAGAAGCUGUUAAAGGAGAGGUGCUAAAAAUUGGAAAUAAAAGCUGCGAAAACCUCCUCCUACAGUCAGAAUCAAUUUUGUGUACGGUUCCCAGCGAUCUCCUGAAAUCCAACAGCGAGCUAAAUAUAGAGUGGAAGCAAGAAGUUUUGUCAACAGUUAUUGGAAAAGUGCUGAUCCGGCAAGAUCAGAAUUUCACGGGACUAAUUGCUGGAGUUGUUUCAACAUCAGUUUUAAUUUUUAUCUUUUUGGUGUUUUUCCUCUGGAGAAGGAAGAAGAAACAAAUUAAAGAUCUGGGAAGCGACCUAGUGCGCUAUGAUGGCAGAGUGCACACUCCUCACCUGGACAGGCUGGUGAGCGCGAGGAGUGUAAGUCCAACAACAGAAAUGGUUUCAAGUGAAUCUGUAGACUACAGAUCAACUUUUCCAGAAGAUCAGUUUCCAAGCAUGUCCCAGAAUGGAUCGUGCAGACCUGCCCAGUACCCUCACUCUGACCUCUCCCCAAUUCUGUCUAGCGGAGACUCAGAUUUAGCCAGUCCACUUCUCCAAACUAAUGUCCACAUUGACAUCAGUGCCUUAAAUCCCGACCUGGUCAAAGAAGUGCAGCACGUGGUCAUCGGUGCUGACAGCCUGAUUGUGCACUUCAGCGAAGUAAUAGGAAGAGGACAUUUUGGGUGUGUGUACCAUGGGACAUUGCUGGAUAACGAUGGCAAGAAAAUUCAUUGUGCUGUGAAGUCACUAAAUAGGAUUACAGACCUGGAAGAAGUAGCUCAGUUUCUGAAAGAAGGAAUAAUCAUGAAAGAUUUCACUCAUCCCAAUGUUCUGUCACUCCUGGGAAUCUGUUUGCCCAAUGAAGGAUCCCCCUUAGUCGUUCUUCCAUACAUGAAACACGGAGAUCUUCGAAACUUCAUUAGGAAUGAGACUCAUAAUCCAACAGUAAAAGAUUUAAUUGGAUUUGGCCUUCAGGUCGCAAAAGGGAUGAAAUACCUUGCAAGCAAAAAGUUUGUCCAUAGAGACUUGGCAGCAAGAAACUGUAUGUUGGAUGAAAAAUUCACUGUCAAGGUUGCUGAUUUUGGUCUCGCUAGAGAUGUCUAUGAUAAAGAAUACUACAGCGUGCACAACAAAACAGGAGCUAAACUGCCAGUGAAAUGGAUGGCUUUAGAAAGUUUACAAACUCAGAAGUUCACAACAAAGUCAGAUGUGUGGUCCUUUGGUGUGUUGUUAUGGGAACUUAUGACAAGAGGGGCACCACCUUAUCCUGAUGUAAAUUCUUUUGAUAUAACUGUUUACUUACUACAAGGAAGAAGGCUGCUACAACCUGAAUACUGCCCUGACCCACUGUAUGAAGUCAUGCUGAAGUGCUGGCAUCCAAAACCUGAGAUGCGUCCAGCAUUUUCUGAACUUGUUUCAAAAAUAUCAACAAUCUUCUCCACUUUUAUCGGGGAACACUACGUUCAUGUCAAUGCCACUUAUGUCAACGUGAAGUGCAUUGCUCCCUAUCCUUCUCUUUUAUCAUCGCAAGACAACACAGACAUGGAUGUUGACACAUGACGGGUAUGUCUGAAAUAGAGGAAAAUCCAUUCUUAG